AUGGUGCAGGUGAUUGAACGUAAAGGUCUUGACAUUGUUCGUCGUGACUGGAGCUUAUUAGCUAAAGAAUUAGGAGAUUAUUGCUUGACUCAAAUUUUGUCUGGAGGAUCAUGUGAAGAUGUAGUGGAGUCAAUCCACAACUCGCUCAUGAAGGUACAAGAAGAAAUGAGGAACGGACAAGUACCAUUAGAGAAAUAUGUCACUACGAAGACAUUGACUAAACCCCCUGAAGCUUAUCCUGAUGCCAAGAACCAGCCACAUGUUCUUGUGGCACAAAGACUGAAGCAACAAGGUUACUCUUCUGGCUGUUCUGUUGGUGAUACAAUCCCGUAUAUAAAUUGUUAUGAACAGGGUGGCAGUUCAGGCAGUGCUGGUGGCAUUGCUCAACGUGCUAGACAUCCCGAAGAACUUAAAGGGGAACAAGGGACAUGGCUGCUGAUUGACAUUGAUUACUAUUUAUCACAACAGAUCCAUCCCGUAGUAUCACGCCUUUGUGCAUCAAUUCAGGGAACAAGCCCAGAAAGACUGGCUGAUUGCUCAGGGCUUGACUCCUCAAAGUUUCAUCAUAAAUCAUGUGAAGCUUUUAAUGAUGAUUCUAGCAGUUUACUCUUGUCUGCUGCUAACGACGAGGAGAGGUAUCGAGGAUGUGAGCCAUUGGUCUUGUCAUGCCCCAGCUGCUCUGGUACAUUUGACUGCCCACCCGUCUCUAAAUCUAUUUGCUGCUUGUUGGGAAGUGGAAUGACAACCAGCGUAUCCACCGAGGAAUCUGACUUCAAUUUCUGGCGUAAGCUGUGUUGUCCUAAAUGCUCCGAAGAUAUCAAAAUUUCUCCAGCGAUGAUAGCGAAUCAGGUCAAAAGGCAAGCAGAGAUGUUUGUUUUGAUGUACUAUAAAGGUUUACUAACGUGUGAUGAUGAAACGUGUAAGCAUACAACGCGAAGUAUCAGCAUUCGGUUGGUUGGUGAUUCCGAGAGAGGAACUGUUUGUCCAAAUUAUCCUCGCUGCAAUGGUCGUCUGCUUAGAAAGUACACUGAAGCAGACUUGUACAAGCAGCUCUCGUAUUUUUGCCACGUGUUUGACACUGUUUCUUGUAUAGAAAAGAUGGAGGCCAAAUCUAGAAUAACUAUAGAGAAAGAGGUGAUAAAAAUUAGGCCGAUGAUUGAUCCGGCAGCUUCAACAGCGCAGAAGAUCAGGGACCAUUGUGCCUUUGGUUGGGUGAGACUGGAGGAUCUGGUCGUAUCAGUUUAAUCUGGAGGUUUGGUGUCCCCCCGAAGCAAGGGGUUUUUUAGCAGAGUGAUGAAGAAUUAUAAAUAGAUUAUCAAGCGUGAUUGAGCAA